CGAGAAAGAAGAACCAGUAGAGAGAUCCAGAACCUUCUUAAACCCUAAACCCCUCUGCUGGCUGGAGCAGGUCCUGCCAUUAAAUUUCAAGUCAUCGUUGUCGUCCUGCUUUCAACUUCCCUUCUUCAAUGGCGAAGCGUUUGAUUCCUUCCCUCAACCGCAUCCUCGUGGAGAAGAUCGUUCCACCUUCCAAGACCAGCGCUGGAAUCCUCCUUCCGGAAAAGACAACCAAGCUCAACUCUGGUAAAGUGGUGGCAGUGGGUCCUGGUUUACAUGAUAGCAAUGGCAAUCAUAUCCCUGUCUCUGUGAAGGAAGGAGACACGGUUCUACUGCCUGAAUAUGGUGGUACUGAAGUGAAACUUGGUGACAAAGAGUAUCAUGUUUACCGGGAUGAUGACGUACUUGGGACCAUUCAAGACUGACACAGUCGUUUGAUUUGAUGUUUUGGGAGUGGUUUAAAAGUUGAAUGUUAAGUCUUUCCUCGGAGCUACUAGUUGUAUGGUUGAGUUUUGAGUUUGGAAACGUUUGGGUUGGCAAUAAUUAGGGACUUGAAAAAACUCAAUAUUAUCUAAGAUGACUUCCAUUUUCAAACUGUCAUGGCUUGGCCCUUGGUAGAGAACUCAUUUCCGUGCGCAAUUACUGACGGGAACUUUAACUCAUGCAGUUUUAGCCGAGCCUGGGCCGAUGAUUACUGGGUAUCUUGUCCACCUUUGGCAUGGUUUGGACGGUAAAUCUACAUCUUGUGGGUAUAGUCGAAUGGAUACUCGGAUAAGCCAUCAAAGGUCGAAGCUGUUGGAGAGUCAUAGUCAUUGUUAGGAGAAGGUUCUGUGUCGUCCAGUGCAUGGUUAUCAAAAGGUCCCACAAGAGGAUGUAAAGAAAGACCCAUUGCACAUUCAUAUAUAAAACUAUAGGAGAUAAAGAAUCGCAAUGAAGUAAGCAAGGAAUGGUGAUAAUUAUCGAAUCCUAAGAAUUUACCAGUAAGAGUAGGGACUGGCGAGCAACUGUUCUAAUUUGAAAGGGGCAGGUUGAAAAGCCAUCAACGCGCGAGAGAACACAUAUUUUAAGAGAGUUAGUAUAGAUGCGAGUCGGCAGUAUCUGCAAUUCCUCUUUCCUUAUCCAGUGCAUCACCGAGCUAGUCUGUGAUCUCUCAUGAUGGCAGAAAAAAUGUGGAAGUUGGUAAUGGAAGUCGAUCUUGAUUGCCACCUGUGCUCGAAGAAAAUAAAGAGGACCAUCUGCAAGCUGCAAGAAAAGGUGAAGAUCUUGAGGAUAUCCUACGACCAGAAGAAUGGUAUCGUGACCAUCGCCGGCCGAUUCGAUCCAGAGAGGGUCUCUAAGAAGCUGAAAGACGAGGCCGGCAAGGUGAUCAAGUCCAUCAAAGUUGAAGAAGAGAAAGAAAAGAAGCCGAAAGAGAAGAAGGAAG